UCCCAUCCCUUCAAAUAAAACCCAUUGGGGAACAACUAUCACAAAUUCUUACAAAGCCUACAGAAGAGCCUAGAGUUUUUCCCAGUAAAGCUUCUCUGGUUUGUUCAAUGGCAACUUCCAUUUCUGCAACUGGGUUCCAAGGAAACUUGAGCUCCUCCUUCCAUGGAAGUUGGGGAAGUUCGAUUGCGGGUGAAGAUUAUAGCAUGCUAGCCAAGUCAGUAAAAACCCAAGUGAGAGUUGCAAAGCCAAGCAGAGCACAACCCAUGAUGAAGAACAUCAAUGAAGGUAAGGGUUUGUUUGCACCUAUUGUGGUUGUUGCAAGAGACAUCAUUGGGAAGAAGCGCUUCAAUCAACUUAGGGGAAAGGCAAUUGCUUUGCACUCUCAGGUAAUCACCGAGUUCUGCAAAUCCAUAGGAGCUGAUGCAAAGCAAAGGCAAGGGCUCAUUCGGCUGGCAAAGAAGAAUGGAGAAAAGCUAGGGUUCCUUGCAUGAUACGCUAGAUGCAAGUCUCCAUUUUGUAUUGUCAACAUUAGAAAUUUGAUGUUAAUAGUUUGAGGACUUCGACAUUCAUAUACUCGUCCUUCUGGGACUCCCUGAAGAUCCGAAAGUAAACGUUGAAGAUAUGUACUCCAUAUAUAUGCACUUGUCAUCAUCAUUCUCCAGUUUAGUUGCAACAUUUAUUUAUCAAAUCAUCAACUAAAACUCAGCAAGGAUCACUUGUGAAAGUUAAUAUUUA